CAGCUGGUGAGACUUUCAAAGAAUAAUAGACCCGCUCCCGUCUCUCGUCUUCCUGACCUCCCACCCUCUCAACUCUGUCGUGGUCAAGCGAUACAGGCAGCAUAACAACCUGCGCUCGCCCGUCCGCAUCUCCAUCUCCAACUCCAUCCCCAUCCGUCGCCACGCACGACACUCUCAACAAAGAACCCGGGCAAUUUCGCUUCGACCGCUUCAGUGUCACUUCGAGCUGCAUCGGUGAACAACUCCGCUUGUUCGACUGCAUUCGUCAAAUCGGCUCGUGCUUCCUGCUGCAGGGUCCCGAGACCACUGUGAAAGACAAGACCGACAAGUUGUAGCCGCGCGCGUGCUCUUUGCACCUGCACGUCCAUUCGGACCACCGCACAGAAAUCGAACCGAACUCGCCUGUCCACUACCCACCUGCUCCUCGCAAAAACACCGAUCCAUUUCCAGGACAGUAUGGGUGACCUCAACGGGCGCAAGACGUUCAAGGUCUUCAAUCAAGAGUUCAUCGUGGACGAGCGAUACACGGUGACAAAAGAGCUGGGUCAGGGUGCGUAUGGUAUCGUCUGCGCUGCCACCAAUGCUCAGACGGGCGAGGGUGUUGCAAUCAAGAAGAUCACCAAUGUGUUCAGUAAGAAGAUUCUGGCCAAGCGCGCCCUGCGAGAGGUGAAGCUGUUGCAGCAUUUCAGAGGCCACCGAAACAUUACCUGCUUAUACGAUCUGGACAUUCCUCGCAUGGACAACUUCAAUGAGUGCUAUCUAUAUGAGGAGCUCAUGGAGUGUGAUUUAGCCGCCAUCAUCCGAUCAGGCCAACCUCUGACCGAUGCCCACUUUCAGAGCUUCAUUUAUCAGAUUCUAUGCGGGCUCAAGUACAUCCACAGCGCCAAUGUGCUACAUCGUGACCUGAAGCCUGGAAACUUGCUUGUGAAUGCCGACUGCGAGCUGAAAAUUGCCGAUUUUGGCCUUGCCCGAGGCUUCAGCAUCGACCCUGAAGAGAAUGCGGGCUACAUGACCGAGUAUGUUGCGACGCGAUGGUACCGAGCACCGGAGAUCAUGUUGAGCUUCCAGAGCUACACCAAAGCGAUUGACGUAUGGUCUGUGGGCUGCAUUCUUGCUGAGCUGCUGGGCAGCAAGCCUUUCUUCAAGGGUCGCGAUUACGUCGACCAGCUGAAUCAGAUUCUCCACUUUCUGGGAACACCAUCCGAGUCGACCCUUUCUCGUAUCGGGUCUCCUCGCGCACAAGAAUAUGUGCGCAACCUUCCGUACAUGCAGAAGAUCCCCUUCCAGACCCUCUUCCACCGAGCCAAUCCCGAUGCGCUGGAUCUCCUCGACCGCAUGUUAGCCUUUGAUCCAUCCCAGCGCAUCUCCGUCGAAGAUGCCCUCGAGCAUCGAUAUCUCUCCAUCUGGCAUGACGCCUCGGAUGAGCCAGCAUGCCCCACACCUUUCGACUUCGGCUUCGAAGUUGUCGACGAGGUGCCCGAGAUGCGUCAAAUGAUCCUGGACGAAGUCAGACGUUUCCGACAGAGUGUACGGGCGCCCCAAUAUCAUAGUUCACAGCAAGCGCCCCCGCAGCAGCAGGUGCCUAUCCCAGAGCAUUACGACCCACGAGCGUUUGAGGAUCCUCGGCCACAGGAGUUAGGUCAAGGGCCUGCGGCAGGUGGACAACAACAUGACCUGGAACGCGAACUGCAAGGGUUGGACCAGAUGCGACAGUAGGAAUGUCGUAGACUGUACCGGCCCUUUGAGGAUUAUCAAGCGGCGAGGACCGGGACACGAGAGAACAGACUGGUGGGGCGUAAUAAGGGUAGAGAAGAAAAUGUGUUGAGACAAAAGCCGCAUACUGCGUAGCUUACUGUUGGGCAACGUCAAAUCUGAUGAUUGGGAUGGGACGGAAGUGGAAGGAGGCUCACUGCUAGCGUCACUCUUAGAAAAGGCGAAGCAUCGAUUGAUGAUGGCAUGGCCAGAAAAAGUGUGGUAUGGCUGGUUGGCUGAUGAAAAGCUCGAAAUAUUUCCCCUCGAGAGACAAUACACUGAAUGCAAGUAGCUAUUAGUGUAGUGGGCAACGUCGGCUGGGAAACCCCAUAAUGAAUGAGGUCUGUCUGGUACUUUGAACCUCUUCGUCAUAUGUAAUUUACGCCUUCCCCUUAUUAAGAUGUACCUGUACCUAGUCUGCAGAAACGAACAUGUGUUCUUACCAUCGGCUUCCAACAACGACAAGUGCCGAAACGUUGCGCCGACUGGAGAAGAACGGUAUAACGUAUUACGGACAAAACGUUUC